AUGUCAUAGUUAGAAUGCAGAAAAGUGCAACUACCACCAACAAAUCAGGCGAAAAUCUAGAUCAUUUUCCAAUCUAAAGUUUUUUAUUUCUGGAGACAGAUCUUGGCCCUAUCCUUAAGAAAGCUCUUCAAUCAAGUACUUGCAGCAUUUUUCUUCUUGAUUCAUCUGUCCAAAUUGAAUGGAUUACUAGAUUGA